AUUAUAUCAACUUGCGGUGGUUCGGAGCCUCCGCUAUCUUAUUUAUAAAAAAGCGCGGCAUUUAACAAAAAAAAAAAAAAAAAAACCAAGCUUUUUUGUUUCCCUCUUUUUUUUUUUCACCCAAAAUAUUUCUCACUCGUCUCGCUCUCCUUCUCACUCUAGCAGAAGAGAAAAUUAUUUCAUGGUUCUUCUCACUAAUUGCAUCUAUUUUACCGGUAUUGUUCGAUUUUGCAAUUUUAGGUAUUAUUUGUAUUUUAGGUAUGGUACACUUGUUAGUGUUGUACACUUGUUUCAUCUUCUUCACAGGAUUGCCAAUAUAUUGAAAGCCGACAGGAUUAGUUUGUGGACCUUGUAUCAUUGCACUGUUAGCUGCGUUUUUCCACAUAUUAAGGAAAAAUUUCAGCUAGCAGUGAGUCAAAGUACUGUGGAUGAGUCUGAAAUUUCUCCCAACGAUGCUGUGGGUAAGGUGCUAGGAAAAGAGCAUUCUGGGAGGGUAAGAUAUUUGGGAUUAGGAGCUACUCCAAGCACUCAUUUUAAACAAACAAAACCUCGUGUUGGUGGUAUUAGAAUUCCAAGUAAUGAUGUUGGAUGUUCUUCUUUCGGAUGUCAAGACAAGUACAAUAAAUUGUUGAAUACUUUCAAAGCCUACAUGAUAAUGAAGGAAGGGUCAAUACCAGAACAGUUUGCUGGGAUCUUUGGUUCACCUCCUACAACGCCAAGUGACGUAGGUAGCAGCUAGCGGAUCCAUGGAUUCAAGAUUUUCUAGCUCUAGUAAUGAUGUAAUAUGAUUAGUUGACUAAAGUGGAUUUUUUGACGAUUUCAGUUGAUGACAUUUACUUGUCUUAGUAUUUUGUAUGCUUUAAUGGAAUGUUGAUAAUUCUCAAUUUUGA